AUGGCCGGACUCUUCUACAAGUCGCCUGCGAGCGCCUACGUGGUGCCGGGCGUGGUCGACCUGACGCAGCCGUCGCUGUGGAUCGCAGUGGGCAGCAUCUGUUUCAACCCGCUGUACUGGAACAUUGUGGCGCAGAACGAGUACCAUCGCAAGACGAUCACCAAGCUGCUCGGCGGACGUCGCUACCUCGGCUGCUACCUGCUCGCCGUGUCGAUCUUUUCGCUCGGGAUCGUGCGCGACCAUCUGUACAAUCUGGCGCUCAAGGAUCAGCCUACGCAUUCGCUGCUGCAGCAGUCGUGGGUGAAGCCGGCGGCGGCGGUGCUGUUUGCGUCGGGCAACGUGUUUGUGCUGUCGUCGAUGUACGCACUGGGCGUGACGGGCACGUACCUGGGCGACUACUUUGGCAUCCUGAUGGAGAGCAUGGUGACGGGCUUCCCGUUCAAUGUGAUGGCCAACCCCAUGUACUGGGGCAGCUCCAUGAGCUUUGUCGCCGUGGCGCUGUGGUUCGGCAAGCCUGCUGGACUGCUGCUGAGCGUGCUGGUGGUGAUCGUGUAUGCGAUCGCACUGCGCUUCGAGGAGCCCUUUACGGCCAACAUCUAUCGCCAGGCCGAGAAGCUCAAGAAGGCCGAGGCCGAGAGGCAGGCGCUGCUCGAGAGCGACGGACCGGCUUCGGGCACGCGCAACCGCAACAGGCGCACGCCCUCCAAGCCCAAGGCCUGA